UUAGAGGUCGCGUCGGGCUAGCGGUAAACGAAGAAUUAACGAAUGGUUGCAUGAAGAAAGAUUUUUAGAGUCAACUUAUCUGGUUAAAAUCGUUGAAAAUCGCCUACCAUCUUCACAGCAAAAAUGACAGUGGGAAGGAGUUCCAAGAUGCUCCAGCAUAUCAACUUCAGGAUGCGUUGUAUGCUUCAUGACAGUAGAACUUUCAUUGGUACAUUUAAAGCUUUUGAUAAACAUAUGAAUAUUAUCUUGGGAGACUGUGAUGAGUUCCGUAAGAUAAAACCUAAGAGUAAUAAACAAGGUGAACGAGAAGAGAAAAGAGUUUUAGGUCUAGUAUUACUCCGUGGAGAACAUCUAGUAUCCAUGACGGUGGAAGGACCUCCACCAGCGGAGGAAAGUAUGGCAAGGGUACCAUUAGCUGGUAUGGGACCAGGCGGACCUGGUAUGGGAAGAGCUGCUGGACGUGGUGUUGGAGGCCCAUCUGCAGGAGGUGCUGCACCAGGGCUUCAAGGACCUGUUAGAGGUAUUGGAGGUCCAUCACAACAAAUGAUGACACCACAAGGACGAGGACCCCCUGGUAUGAAUCCUGGCAUGAGACCACCACCAAAUAUGGGCAGAGGAGGUCCACCUGGAAUGAGAGGACCCCCACCAGGAAUGAUGAGAGGACCACCACCAGGAAUGCGAGGACCACCUCCAAGAUAAUCAUAAAACUUCAUCAUCAUCAGUAUCAUUUGUAUAAAGACAUUGGAGAAUUUCUUUCAAGUUGAAGAAUUUAAUUCUAAAUUAAUACUAAAUAUGAUGAGAAAUUUUAAGGGAAAUUUCCAGCUGUCAUUGAAACUAAUGAAAGGGACAAUUUUGAAUAUAGUGUUGAGCCAGACUGAAACACAGAUAAAAUAUUUUUUAAGUCUUGUAUGAUGUUCACUGGGACAAUUGUAUCAUUUCUUUUUUACAUCAUGAUUAUAAUUCUUGUAUCAUUUGUACAUAAAUCAUUAAAAUCCAUCAUUAUCAA